CAGUGGUAACCCAAAUCGCUCCGAACUAACUCAGUCAGAGUCUUAGUCAAUUUGUCACAAAACAGGAUCAUCAAUUGAGAUCAAUGGCAGCUGCCGAUGUUAGGACUCCACCCUUGACAUCUACCUCCAACCCACCUCUCCUUUUCGAUGGAACUACCAGGCUGUACAUCAGUUACACAUGCCCAUAUGCACAACGUGUAUGGAUCGCUAGGAAUUAUAAGGGACUACAAGAAAAGAUCGAACUGGUUGCUAUCGACCUUCAGGACAGACCUGUCUGGUAUAAGGAGAAAGUCUACCCUGAAAAUAAGGUGCCAUCCUUGGAGCACAAUGGCAAGGUCUUAGGAGAAAGUCUUGAUUUGAUCAAAUAUGUAGAUGCCAACUUUGAAGGGCCAUCUCUAGUUCCAAUUGAUCCUGCUAAGAGAGAAUUUGGUGAGCAGUUGAUAUCUUACAUUGAUGCGUUGACCAAGGAUGUCUACGCUUCCUUCAAAGGAGAUCCUGUGCGCCAAGCUAGUGCUUCUUUUGAUUACUUGGAGAAUGCUCUUGGGAAAUUUGACGACGGACCCUUUUUCCUCGGUCAAUUUAGUUUCGUGGAUGUAGCGUAUGCUCCAUUUGUUGAAAAGUUCGAUAUUGUCUUUUCCGAGGUGUAUAAGAAUGACAUCACAACUGGGAGGCCUAAACUUGCAGCAUACAUUGAGGAGCUGGAUAAGAUUGAUGCUUAUAAGUCGACCAAGAUUGACCCUAAGGAGUUUGCCGAAGUCUUCAAAAAACGGUUUUUGGCUCAGGAAUGAGCAUUUGAUGAGAGCUGGUAUUUCAGAAUGAAUACAGGGAAAUGUGCAUGAAUGCGAUGCUUUUGCAGUGUAAUAAUGUGGGUGUCAGGGUGUGUGCUAUUUACUAGAAUUGAAGUUAAACUUGAUUUUGUAAUAAUAAUGAUUAUGCCCCAGCUUGUCAUGAGUGUUGUGCAAUCUUGCAUUAUAGUGAAUGGAAUAUAUAAUUGAUAGAAAAAUUGAUAUAUCAAGUAUU